UCAAUAGUGCUGUUCUCUUUGAUUGCGAAGAAAAAUAAAAUACUUGUUGUUAGAAGUAAAAUAAUAUGUUGAGAGAAUAAUUAAUUAAUUAUACCUGAUAACAAUCAGCAUAUUAAACGAUGUACCUCGCCGAAUUCUCGAAGAGCAUUUCGAUAUCUGACUUCUGGGUAGGGAAUCAUGAGAGAUUGAGUGAUUUUUAUUUGACGUCAUGGCAGCCGGGAGAUUCGGUUGUGCCGAUGCUGAUCGUGAGAGUCCUCCUGGCUUGUGUGGCUACGGGUAUCUUCGUAUGGUCGCUCACCUCCGGUGUCAGCUCGUACUGGCUUAUAUACCUCACUAAUUGGGGACUCCUAUUAGUUACUUCGAUGACUUUAAGUGGACUUUUGAUCUCUAUUUUGGGGGUCUGCCAUAAGUUAAAAGAUGGAAGUGAUCUCCCGUGGUACAUCAGCAUGUACUGGUUUCUCUACAACAUCUGCAUCGCCAUUGCUAUCAUGAUCACAGGACUCUAUUGGAUUCUUCUUUACAAUCCAGACGACCAGAGCGUUGAGAGCCCAGAAGUGUUCUGGCUGGACGUGGCGACACACGGCCUCAACUCAUGCGUGGUGUUCGCUGAAGUGAUCCUAUCUAGGACGCCAUUAAUGCUCCUACAUAUUUACCAACCCCUGGGCCUGGGUUUGUGGUAUGCGGCGUUUACGGGUAUAUAUUACGCGGCGGGCGGUACCGACAGCUUUGGUAACCCGUUCAUAUACGCCGUGCUAGAUUGGAGACAGCCUCUCCGAGCUGGGAUUAUUGUCGCAGCGUCUGCGGCGAGCCUUAUCAUAGUCUACACAUCAUUGUGGGUGCUAACUCUCUGCAGAGACAAGAUAUCAACGGCCCUCGUAAGAACCACCAGCCUGAACCUUCCAUUCACUCCACCAGACCAACACGUGCCAAUAGGAGUAGUGUGAUGUCUAUUUGUAGUUUAAUUUAGACGAAUCAAAUACGUAAAUAGCUUUCUAUAGAAAUAUUUCAAUCGUUGUGUGACAAGCAUUGUGAUUAUUUUUAGACUAGAGGCUCACUACAUGAGGUUUUCCUUUUAUUCCUUUUUUUGUAAUGUAUUAAUCCUGUUACCAAUAUCAUUUAUAAAGGCAUUUUCGAACAUCAAUUUAUAAGGUAUUUACUUCAUUUUCUCUCUUAGUCGUCUAAUCAAAGACGACAUCUUUAUCUGCCAAAAUUUAAGAGGCUUUAAUUUAAAAAAAUUUUUUGACUCGUUCUAUUUCUUUUGAAUUUAUUUUUUUUUGGCUAUGAUUUGUAAAACUAAUCUGAUUGAAGUAUGUAUCUUUACGGCUUUGGAAAUUAGUUUUUUUUUUUCCGUAAAGCGUCUGAAGCGUUGGUUAAUUAACGUUAGCCUUUUUGUCUCGGCUAUGACUAUAUUAAGUGUCUUAAGUGCACCAAAUAAAAUGUUAAUUUAAAAAAAGCAGAGUCAUUAACAUGUGUUGCUUCGGUCGACAUUUGAAACAAAAAAAAAAACAA